CUCGGAGGAAACCGAAGACGCACGAGGGAGGAACGCGUCGAGCAUGAAGAGGCAGGGGGCCUCCUCGGAGCGGAAACGGGCGCGCAUACCGUCCGGGAAAGCCGGAAUGACGAAUGGAUUUCUCAUGGAAGUGUGUGUUGAUUCAGUAGAGUCAGCUGUAAAUGCAGAACGAGGAGGUGCUGGCCGGAUUGAAUUAUGUUCUGGCUUAUUGGAAGGAGGAACCACACCCAGCAUGGGUGUCCUUCAAGUAGUGAAGCAGUGUGUCCAGAUCCCAGUUUUUGUGAUGAUUCGUCCACGUGGAGGUGACUUUUUAUAUUCAGAUCGUGAAGUUGAGGUGAUGAAGGCUGACAUUCGUCUUGCCAAGCUUUAUGGUGCUGAUGGUUUGGUAUUUGGAGCAUUGACUGAAGAUGGAAACAUUGACAAAGAGUUGUGCAUGUCCCUUGUGGCUAUAUGCCGUCCUCUACCAGUCACUUUCCACCGAGCCUUUGACAUGGUUCAUGAUCCAAUGGCAGCUCUAGAGACCCUCUUAACCUUGGGAUUUGAACGAGUAUUGACCAGUGGCUGUGACAGUUCAGCACUAGAAGGGCUACCCUUAAUAAAGCGACUCAUAGAUCAGGCAAAAGGGAGGAUUGUGGUAAUGCCAGGGGGUGGCAUAACAGACAGAAAUCUACAAAGGAUCCUUGAGGGUUCUGGUGCUACAGAAUUUCACUGUUCUGCUCGGUCUGCUAGAGAUUCAGGAAUGAAAUUUCGAAAUUUCUCUGUUGCCAUGGGAGCCUCCCUAUCUAGCUCAGAAUAUUCUCAAAAGGUAACAGAUGUGGCACAAGUAAGGACUUUGAAUGCUAUUGCAAAGAAUAUUCUGGUUUAGCCAGACCUCUCUGAGAGACAUGGAUAUCACAAGAUGAAGGUAGAAGAGUAGUCUGUAAUUAUGACACAGCUUUAACCUUCUUCUCUGGCCAGGACAGUCACAGUUUAAGUCUCACCUGACCAUGGAGAAUGUUUUCAAGAAGACAAAGAAUUCGAGCAGGAGCUACAAUCACUUCCUUUGCUUAACCUUGCCAGCCAUCUCUGUUAUCAUGGUUAAAUAUGGUCUGUGCUUCUUCCACAGACAGAGGUUUAGUCUGUUUUGUGGAAUUAAUUGAUGAACUGGGAAAACUGAACUGUAAGGUAUGAAUUUAGAGUGUGACUUCAGGGUCAAUUUAAUAACCGUAUUUUGCUUUUUCAUUUGUAAAAUAAAAAUUUCCAUUCUGUU